CACAUUUAUUACUGCCCAUUGUUGAGGAAUACACACGUGCGGCAAUCCUGAGCGACAAACUGUACUUGAAAAUUCAAAGGUCGUUCGCGCCUUCUGGGAAGUAGGUGACGAACUGCCCCUGCGUAUCAAAGUACUUGAAGCAAAUGCCUGCCGAGGCUUCUGAGCCGGCUCCUGCGUCUGUCAGCUCGGAGGAGCUGGAGCUGGCCGUGGCCAACUUGAAGGAGGGCAAGAGCCUAAUUGACGAUGACCCGGAGAAGGCUGUGGAGCUGCUAUGCUCGGUCGUGAGGACGUAUGAGAAGAAAUAUGGCAGCGAGGGCAUCGAGUGCGCGGAUGUGUACCUGUACUAUGGAAUUGCGCUCUAUGAGGUGGCGCGCAACGCCACCGAUGCGCUGGGCACCACCAAGACGACGGUAGACAAGAAGGAGCAGGCGGAGGGUGCAGGCCCGUCGACCAGCGCAGGCGCGGGCGGCUCCGCUGCGGAGUUCAAAGCCGAGCAGCCCGCGGCGGAGGCGGCGCAAGCCGAUGACCAGAAGGAGGGCGAGGGCAAGGACGACGAGGAGGGCGGCGAGGAGGGCGGCGAGGGCGAGGAGGGUGCAGCGGGUGACGGCGAGGGCGAGGGUGGCGAGGGCGAGGAAGCGGAGGGCACGCCCACAGACGACAUGAAGCUGGCUUGGGAGAUGAUCGAGCUGUCGCGCAUCAUCUACGACCGCAACUCGCCCGAGCAGCACCACAGCAAGCUGGCCGAGGUGCACAAGUCGCUCGGAGAUAUCAAGUCGGAGGAGGAGCGCUUCGAGGAGGCGGCCGAGUGCUACCGGCAGUCCAUCGCGCACCUCAAGGCCAUGCAGCCGCCCAGCAAGCGGCGCAUCGCCGAGGUGCAGUACAAGCUGUCGCUGUCGCUCACCUUCAUGGAGCAGCCGGACCAGGCGCUGGCGCAGACGGAGGAGGCCAUCGGCUCGCUGGAGGCCGCGGCCGGCGAGAUUGAGGAGAAGCUUGCGGCGCUGCCCACGGACGGCAGCGGCGGCGAGGAGGCGGAGGAGGAGGGCCGGCGGCUGCAGGAGACCGCGGACGACCUGCGGGCGGUCAUGACGGAGCUGACCCACAACUGCGAGGGGCUGCGCGACACCAUCAAGCACAACAACUCACUCAAGGAGGCGCUCAGGCAAGCGUUCAUCAAGGCGAAUGGCGGUGCCGCUGCCCUGGCGGGCGCCGCCGGCGGCUCCUCUGGCUCCUUCGCGGCGCCGACCAACGCAGCCGCCGCCGCCGCCACCGUGUCUCUGGGUGUGGUGGGGCGGGGUACCAAGCGCAUCACCCUCCAGCCCGCGGCCGCGCCGGCGCAGGGCCAGCCUGCGGACGGUGCCGCGGCCGGCGGCUCUGCCGCGCCGCCGCCCAAGCGCACCCUUGCCGACCUUACGGUGGUCCAGCCGCCCCUACCCUCCAACAGCCCCGGACUGGCCGCCAGCGGGCAGGGCGCGUCGGUUGUGGGCGCCACGGCGGCGGGGACGGCCGACGGGCAAGCGCAGGCCCAGGAGCCGGCGAAGCGGGCGCGGCUAGAGGAGGCGGCGGCAGCGCCCUCGGAGGCGCCGAGCUCAGAUGCGGCGAAGUGAGAGAGGUUGGGUGUACUUCGUUAGGCGUGUGUGGUGGUGAUGACGGGCGUGGGCGAGCCUGCAGGCGGGUUUCUGAUGGCCUGGGACAGUGCCGGUGCUGCUUGCAGGCGGCAGGUGGUGGGGUUGGUGCUUAACUUGCAGUUCAGCUAGUGAGCCACCGGUGAGUGAGUGAACUGAAGGCUGAGUUUGGAAUGCGGACAUUAUGAAUACAGUACGUUGUGCAGCCAGAUCUGCAACAUGAGCAAGCGAUGCAUGUAGGACUCAGCCGUACACGCACGCGUACUCUGAUGCUGCUUCAGCCAAAUGCUGGCAGUAUGAUAGCGAGUUUGGAGUGAGCGAGCAGCUG